CUCUCUCUCUCUCUCUCUCUCUCUCUCUCUCUCUCUGUGGUUUUGGCUUUAGGACUCAACCAGUGGAGGGAUCUUGCUCGCCCUUUGUUCUCCCUAUCUCGCAGUGUGCCCCCCCCUCUGUGUUGUUGGAUGCCAGACGUCUCGGGGUGCCGGGGCUGUUGAAUGGGGGGGUGGUGGCAAACGGUGAGUGUGAAGUGUUAUGUGUGACAGCCUUCCUCUUCCUCUGAGCGUGCACAGAAGGUGAAGAAGACGGAGGCGAACACAGGAGCUCCACACAACUGGAGAAUCCUAUCAUCCAACAUGGCUGCCCUCCUCGUGCUGCUGUGGCUGCUCGCCGCGGCGGCCUCCUGCAGCGGGAGUUUGGUGGAGGUGAACUCGGGCGUGGAGGUCUCCAGGGGUCGCUCGGUGUUCGUCACAGAGAAGCAGCUGAAGAUCAGCGUGGAGCCGGGUGGGGACUGUAAGGUGGAGGUGGUGAUGAACGAAGCCGUCACCCAGAGAGUGGGCCAGCUCACGCCUCAGGUGUUCGACUGCAGCUUCCUGGAGGACGAGGUCAGAUACGUCCACAACGGGAGUCCCCUGCUGGACGAGGACAGGGUGGUGCUCAGAGUCUACAGGUUCACGUCCUCAGACACGCUGGUGGAGACGCUGGUCCUGCUGGUGCGGGUCCUGGACUCGGGUUCUGCUGUGGUGGAGCUGGGCCUCGUUCCUCUGGUGGUUCCUCAGUUCUACGCUUUGUCCAACGCCAUCGACGGCUCCGUGCUGAGCAUCAGAACCUCGGGGGACCUGGUCUGCACCGUCCGGCUCACGACCGGCGCCACCCGGGUCCCGGCGCUGGGUCAGCUGGUGAGGGAGGAGGACGCCGCGCUGAGGAAAGGACGAGAGACGGAGACGCUCUGUCCUGGAAACAAACCCUGUCGCCAUCACACCACGGAGGUUCGAUUCCUGAAGACCAGCUGCCAGGACUUCCUGAGCUCCGGGCUGAAGUACCAGCACCUCAGUCCUCCAUCGCCGGAGAUCGACUACAUCUCCAUCCGGGUGGAGCUGAGGGAGCAGAGCACCCGGGCGCUGCUGGAGUCGCAGGCGGUGUGGUUACCAGUUCUGAUCCACGGUGCGAUGCAGAACCAGCCGCCCCAGGCCGCCUUCAUGGCCUCCUUCAUCCUGGAGGUGGACCAGUUCAUCCUCACGCCGCUCACCACCGCCGCCCUGGACGCCAGCGACCACGAGACGCCGCAGGAGAGGCUGGUCUUCAACGUGACCGCCCCCCCCGCCGAGGGCUACGUCACCCACCUGGACGACCACACCCGGCCCGUCGGCUCCUUCACCUGGCAGGACCUCCACGAGAUGAAGGUGGCCUACCAGCCGCCCAACAGCAGCCAAUCACAGCGCAGGAACUACGAGGUGGAGUUCCAGGUUAUAGACGGCUCCUAUAUGACCAGCCCCCCCAUCGUGGUGCACAUCUCCAUCAGGGUGUCAGAAACGAACGCACCCAGAGUCUCGUGGAACAUGGGUCUGGACCUGUUGGAGGGUCAGUCUCGACCAAUCACCUGGGAGCAGCUGCAGAUCGUGGACAACGACAACAUCGAGGGCGUCCACCUGGUGGCGGUGGAUGGUCCCCUGCACGGUCGGCUCAGUGUCAGAGGCAGGAAGGCCUUCAUGUUCCGGGUGCAGGACCUCCGGGACGGGGGGGUGGUCUACCAUCACUCUGACAGCGACACCACCCGCGACCACGUCGUGUUCCGCAUCAGCGACGGCCGACACAGCGUCCGACACAAGUUCCCCAUCAACAUCCUGCCCAAGGACGACUCCCCCCCCUUCCUCAUCAACAACGUGGCGGUGGAGGUGCAGGAGGGCGGAGCCGUGAGGCUGGAGGAGAUGAUGCUGCUGGCCUCCGACCUGGACUCCAGCGACGACUACAUCCUGUACCAGGUGGUGUCCCCCCCCCGGGCGGGGCAGCUGCUCAGGAAGACGUCCCCCCAGGAGGCAGGGGUUCCUGUGGACAGCUUCCUGCAGAGGGACGUGCUGCAGGGACACGUGUUCUACCUGCACUCGGGAGACGAGCUGUUCGAGGACGUCUUCGACCUCACGCUGUCCGACAGCCACCAGCCGCCCAACCUGUCUCAGACAUACACGGUGGUCGUCCACGUGUUCCCGGUGAAGGACCAGGUCCCGGUGGAGGCGUCCGGCAGCGUCCGCUCUCUGAGGGUGAAGGAGACGGACGUGGUGUCCCUCACUCCGUCCCACCUCCACUUCACAGACAGAGAGCAUCCGUCCUCCGACCUGAGCUACACCGUCACUCAGCCCUGCUUCAGCCCAAUGCAUCCUGGGCUGAUGGACGCAGGACGUCUCUUCUACACAGACACCGCCAACGCCAUGAGGAGGGACCACAUGGUGCCGGUGUUAAAGUCCUUCACACAGGUCCGCAGCACACACACACACACACACACACACACAUACACACAUACACACACACACAUGUUACUGCAUCCUGAUACACACACACACACACACACACACAACACUACACGCACAAUGCAAGCUGCCCCCCCCCCCCCCCCCCAGCAUGCAGUGAACCACAUGAAAGUGGCCUUCAUGCCUCCUGUGGAGGACAUCGGCCCGGCUCCGCUCUUCGUCCAGUUCGUCUUCUCCGUCAGUGACCAGCAGGGCGGCAGCGUCUCCGGCGUCCUCUUCAACAUCACCGUCACCCCCGUGGACGACCAGGCCCCAGAGGCCUUCACCAACCUGCUGCGGGUGGAGGAGGGCGGAGCAGCCUUCCUGACCGAGGAGCACCUCCUGGUCCGGGACCGGGACAGCGGCGAGGACGCUCUGAGGGCGGAGCUCCAGAGGACGACUCGCCACGGCCGCCUGGAGCUGCAGGGACGGACGCUGCUGCAGGGAGACGCCUUCACUCUGCAGGACCUCAGAGGACUUCGACUCAGGUACAUCCACGAUGACUCAGAGACCACGGAGGACGAGCUGAGUCUGAAGGUGACGGACGGGCUGAACUGGGCUCAGGUGGUUUUACCGAUACAGGUCCUGCCGAUGAACGACGAGCCUCCCCAGCUGGGAGGAGGUCUGCGGGGGGAGCUGAGCUGUGAGGAGGGGGGGCGGGUCCAGGUGACGCUGGACUACCUGUCGGCCACGGACCGGGACAGCGAGGACUCCAGACUGACCUACAUGCUGGCCCGGACCCCGGGUCGAGGCGAGCUGCAGAGAGCCGGACUGACGGUGGACAGGUUCUCCCAGCAGGACCUGCUGCAGGGACACGUGUACUACGUCCACACAGGAGGAGAAGUGGGACCCCAGCAGGUGUUGGACACCGUCACCCUCAUCGUCUCAGACGGCGAGGCCGGGGGGACAGACGGCUGCUGCCACGGGGACGCCCCCCCCCCACCUGUCCCCCUCCACGGCACGCUUCCUGUGUACGACCUCAACAUCACCGUCCUCCCCGUCAACAACAGAGUCCCCGCCAUCACUCUGGGUGAGUCCCUGCUGGUCGUGGACGAGGGCUCCUCAGCAUGUCUGUGUGGGGGGGUCCUGGGGGCCUCAGACCCCGACAGCCCCGGGGACCAGCUGACCUUUCACCUGGAGACGCCGCCGCUGCACGGCUUCCUGGAGAACACGCUGCCGCCGCCGGGAUCUGAGAAGAGCAACGCCGGCGUCCGAGUCGAAUCCUUCAGUCUCGUCCAUCUGACCUCUGGUUUCAUCAACUACGUCCAAUCUGAACACAAAGGGGUGGAGCCAACAGUUGACCAGCUGUCCAUUAGUGUGAGUGAUGGCUUGCAUCGCUCCGCCCACGUCCCCUUCUACAUCAUCAUCAAUCCAACCAAUGAUGAGACGCCUUCUCUGCUGCUCGCCAACUUCACCGUGAGGGAGGGGGGGAUCAGGGAGCUGACUCCGUCCAUACUGAGCGGUUUGGACCUGGACGCCCCUCAGGACGUGCUCAGCUUCACCGUGGUGCAGCCGCCGGCUCACGGGCGCCUGAUCAACGGAAUCCACGGCGCCGAGAUGAGUCGCUACAAAGAGACGGGAGCCGACCUCCUGCAGAGGAGCCCCCCCCUCACCUCCUUCACCCUGGAGGAGCUGCGACAGGGCAUGAAGAUCAUGUACAUGCACGAUGACACAGAAACCCUGGAGGACGCCGUGGCUCUGCAGCUGACAGAUGGCGUCCACACCGUCCGGGGGACGGCUCAGGUCACCGUGCUGCCGGUCAACGACCAGAAACCACAACUGCUCAAGAACGCUGGGCUGGAGGUGGAGUCUGGCGAGCGGAGGGUGAUUUCCAGUGUAGCUCUGGAGGCCGAGGACAAGGACACGCCCCCAAACCAGGUGUUCUUCUUCAUCAACGCUGCACCGCGGUUUGGAACCCUGCAGCUCAAGACGGACUCGGGUUGGACCGAGCUGUCGGCCGCUCAGAACUUCACUCAGCUCGACGUGGAGCUGAACCGUCUCUGGUACCAACACAAGGCCAACGCCGCUGGGUUCAAAGGUCACGACAGCUUCCGCUUCACCCUCAGCGACCUGGAGAACGAGGCUCCUGCUCAGAGCUUCUUCAUCUCCGUCCAGACUGUGCACAAAGGUGACAUCGUGCUGCUGAGCAAGGCAGUGCAUCUGAGGGAGGGGCAGCGGGUCGUCCUCAACACCGACGUCCUGCUGGCGUCGGACACGGCCGGUCGUCCUGAGGAGCUUGUUUACACCGUGUCGCUGCCCCCCCGACGCGGCCUCGUGCACGCCGUGCGGCGACCCGGCGUCCCGCUGACCAGCUUCACACAACUGGACGUCACCGCACACAGAGUGUGUUACACACACGACAACAGCCACGACGGAGAGGCCGACUCCUUCAGCUUCGUGGUCAGUAAUGGCGUCCGGUCGCGCAGCGGCAGCCUCCACCUCAGCAUCGAACACGGGGACCGCGUCCCCCCCACCCUCAGCCUCAACGCGGGCCUCCGGCUGCAGGACGGGGCCACGGAGGUCAUCCCCCCCGAGCGUCUGCAGCUCACCGACCCCGACACCCCCCCCGCCAACCUGAGCUUCAUCGUCACGCAGCCCCCCCGCUACGGUAAGCUGCUGCUGAGAGGAGCCCCCCUGACCCCCCCGCUCAGGUUCACCCAGAUGGACGUGGACCGGCGGGACCUGGCUUACCGGCACGACCCGGGCAGCCCGGCCCAGAUCGACAGGUUCCACUUCCUGUCCACUGACGGAACCAACAGAGGGUUCCUGGAGUUCGGACAACUGAGAGAAGAGCCGGCUGUGUUCAACAUACAGGUGGACCAGGUGGACAGGACUCCUCCCAGUCUGACCACCAGACGCAGCCCCAGCACGGUGGUGGAUUUGGGGGCGGGACGCUUCGGGGUCUUCAUCACCAGCAGACACCUGCAGGGGUCGGACCCGGACAGCCCCACCGAGGAGCUGGAGUUCUCCAUCAGCAGGCCUCCUCACUUCGGCUACCUGGAGAACUCCCUCACAGGGGGCUACAUCCGGGGUCGCUUCACCCAGCGGGACGUGGACCAGCGGGCCGUGGUGUUCGUCCUCCCGGCCGACGUGGAGGUGACGGCGGACAGCUUCGAGUUCCGCCUCACGGACCCGGCUGGGAACACCAUGCUGCCGGAAGUAUUAGAGCUGUUCUGGUCUCGGGUGGACUUGUCUGCGACCUGCUACAGGACCUGUGAGACCUCGGGGACUCUUCAGAUCCAGAUCACGCGCAGUGGGCGGAGCUUGGAGCCGGCGUACGUUGGGAUUCAGGUGGAGGAAGGUUCGGCCAAACUCGGAAGAGACUUCACUCACAGCUCAGCUUCUCUCAUCCAGUUUGACCCAGGCGUCAGUGUGAAAACCUGGAACAUCUACCUGAUGGACGACGGCCUGGAGGAGAACCACGAGACCUUCACCGUGGUCCUGAAGAACCCGAGGAACGCCGUCCUGGGCCAGAGGACGUCCGCGAGCGUGGAGGUCAUCGACCCCCGAGGAGGAAGGUGCGACCCCGAGGAACUGGUGGUGGACGAGGGCGGGAAGACUCCGCCCCCUCGCCUCCCUGCCCCCCCCACGCCGGAGGAGGACGAGGACCCCGUCACCGACAUCGAGGCGGAGCUGAUGUGGGACAACCAGCCUCACCCUCCCAGAGGAGACGUCCCCGACCGCCGGCCCUACCUGGACUACGGAGACCGGGAGCCCCAGGACCAGGCGGGGCCCGGCCACGCCCCCCCCCACAGCAGGAGGCUGCCAGGGACGAGCACGGCGGCGAGCGAGGUCGGACGUGGAGGAGUAAAGGUUCAUCUGUCAGGAGAGAGGACGCCUGGAGACAGAGUGUGGACAUUCCACAGUCUGACUCCUCUUCGUCUGGAGGAGCUGAAGCCGGGUGACUCUGGGUCGAGCUGGUCUCACAGUCGCCCCCUGCAGGAGGGGCGAGUUGCUGACACUCAGAUGGAUCAUCCAGCACCAGAGCUACGGCAGCACAAGUGUGUGUCUCUGUGUCCUCAGUCGUUCAGCAGCUCGUGUCCUGAAGGUUGGACUCACUACAGGAGACGUUGUUACAUCAUCAGCUCAUCUGUGGCCACCUGGGCCAGUGCUGAGAGGACCUGCUCACUGCGGUGGAGCAGCAGCUUGGCGGGGGUGCGCUCCAGCAGAGACGAGUCGUGGCUGUGGAGGUUCUCCAGGAAGCAGCCGUUCUGGAUCGGUCUGUCUGCAGGUCCCAGGGGCUGGACGUGGACGGACGGACGCUCGCUGUCCUUCUCCAGGCUGAGGGGGGCGCCACCGAGCCGCUCCGGGGACGACUGUGUGCUGGUUGAAAACCCCGGCAGCUGGAUCUCCACGAGCUGCUCGGCAGAAACUCAACACGCAUUCAUCUGUUCCUCUCCGUCUCUGAGACACGGAGGACACUGAGGACACUGAGGACACGGAGGACACUCACAGCCUCAUAGUUAACAUCACGAUGCUGCUCUCAACAUUCGUUUUCAUAUUCUUAUCAUAAUAAAGAUGCUGUAGAAACAAACAUAACUAAAAACUGUGAGACAAAUAAUUGAAAAACAUUUUACAAACACUUGAAGGUUUUUUAUUAUCAUUUAAAGACAGAAUUAACAAUCAGUCGCUAUUUUUAAAUGCCCUUGAACUUAAAAUGUAAUAAAGAUGUCAGAUUAUUUUAAUGUCAAACUGGUCGUCCGCCUCAACAACAGAUUCAAACUGUUCAGAUCUACACAUUGAAAUAACUGAAUAUUACAGAGGGAUCAUGUGACCCGAGUCAUCGUGCUGAGUUCACUGCACCUGGGAAAAUCUCAUUUCACAGAGCCACCAGGAGGAGCCGGUGACUCACUCGUGAUGCUGCUGUUUUAAUGUUUCAAUAUUUUAAUAACUCUGGUUCCAACUUCUUCAGUGAGACGUUUUAUUGAUCGUCUGUUUAUCAUUUGGAUCAUAAAUGUUAUCUUUGUUCAACUGUGACGUACGCUUCAAUUAAAAGUUUCCACAAAUUAUUAUAAAUAAUAAUAAUUAAAAUAA